UGACCUUUUCAUAUACAGCUUAGGAUCAGCUACUCCGUAUUGCUAGCGAUAAUACAUAUAUUUUGACGUUACUUUGAAAAAAAUCAAAAUCUCUCCCACAUAAAUCAUCCAUAUUCUAUAUGCUUUAGAAUAUGUUCUUGGUAAUCUCGAUAUUUCUUCUUAACUUCUUAUAAUUAACUCAAAAUCAAACCCUUUAAGGAAGGUAAAUCAUGUGAUAUUAAGAGUGAUUAAGGGCUAAUUAAUCACAUAGUGAAGCAAACUACUGGUUUUAUAAUCCAACCAAGAAGAGUUGAUUAUGGAGGAGGUGGGGAAAAGUGAUGAGAGCAGUCCGUUUAUGGAGGUAAUUACGACGACGGCGACGGCCAUGAAUACUAUUUACCCAUUAGCAAAAUUGCCAUUAGAUUUUGCAAGGAUUUUGAAGAGUUUGCUUGUUUUUUCGACGCUUGGAGUUGCAUUCCUAGUUUUGUACUAUGCGUCGUCCAAUAAUUAUGGGGAGUUUCUACCAACUUUGGGGCGCUUUUCUUUUACGGUAUAUGAUGUCAAUGGCACGAUCAAAGAUGAGUAUUACGAGCUAAGGAAGGUUCUAGAAGCGGCAUCAACCAAGGAAAAAACAGUUAUAUUGACAUCUUUGAACGAGGCAUGGGCAGAACCAAACUCCAUGUUUGAUAUUUUCUUAAAAAGUUUCAGAGUUGGAAAUAAUACAGCUCCACUUGUCGACCAUUUAUUGGCUAUAGCCGUCGACGAAAAGGCGUAUCUUCGAUGCAAGAAGUUAAUCUCCCAUUGUUAUUUUCUCAAGACUAAACAAUCAUCUCAAAUGGCUAAUGAAGCGAGGUUCAUGACCCCUAUUUAUUUGAAUAUGAUGUGGGAAAGACUUGCUUUCUUGCAAACCGUUUUGAAACUUGGUUACAACUUUAUUUUCACGGAUACUGAUGUUAUGUGGUUUCGAAAUCCAAUCCCACAUUUUACUCCAAGUUCAGAUUUCCAAACCUCAUGUGACCGAUUCAACGGCAAUCAAUUCGACAUACGAAACCCCCCAAACAACGGAUUUCUUUUCGUAAGAUCCAACAAACGAACAAUUAAAUUCUACAAAUUCUGGGUUUCGUCAAGACAAACAUAUCCUUCUCUACAUGAACAAGAUGUUUUUAACAGGAUAAAAAACGGUACAUACGUUAGAAAACUUGGCGUGAAAUUUAGGUUCUUAGAUACAAAUUAUUUUGGUGGGUUUUGCCAAAAAAGCAGAGAUUUCAACAAGGUUUGCACCAUGCAUGCUAAUUGUUGUACUGGUUUGGAUAGGAAAAUAGCUGACCUUAAUACAACACUUGAGGUUUGGAAGACUUAUUUAUCCUCAAAUAAUUACACGUCACCACAACCUUCAAAUUGGAUGGUCCCAAAACAAUGUCAUAUGUAAUAUACUAAGUAUAUUUAUAUGUUUACUCAUUUCAAAUUU